GAGGGUGCAUCCAGGAAUAUGGCCUUAUUGUGUCAAUCGUGGUGCUCAUUGAACUUGAACGUGUGUGUGUGUGCACACUGUCAACAACCAGACCGGGAAAUAGGGCUAUAUAAAGCCAUGUGUAAUAACAGGUUGUGCCAUGUCGUUGGUGGGUUACUGGCUAAAGCAAGGUUUGUGUUUAUUUCACGAUUCCCCUUGUGAAUGCCAAGGCUGAGGCUGCUUUCUAUCAUUAUAAGAUUUAGGAAUGGGUCUCCUGGAAUUCUUCACUCUGACUCCGGUCACAGUCAAACUUCUCGUCGCAACUGCAGCGCUGUUCUUAAUCUAUGAUUGGUGGUGUCAUCAGUAUUUCCAGAAGCAUGGUAUACCAGUUGAUCGCUAUUUCCCUAUCAUUGGAAGCCCUAUGUUUCUCAAAAAGGGCAUCGGCUACAAGUUCGUCGAAUACCAGAAGAAAUAUGGAAGAAUCUUCGGGUCGUAUUUCUUUCGGACCCCUAUGAUAUGUAUCACCGAUGUGGACUUUUUAAAGCAAAUCAUGGUCAAGAAUUUCUCGCACUUCGUCAAUCGAAGGUCGACACUUUUGUCGCGAAAACCUAUGAAAAGGGGCUUAUUGGGGUUGAAGGAUGAUGACUGGAAGACGGUACGGAGUGUGGUCACCCCUGCCUUCAGCGCAUCGAAGAUGAAACAGAUGUCAUCAAUGAUCAAUGAGUGCUGUGACACGCUGGUGACAAACUUCGAAAAGAUGGCAAAGGAAGGAAAACCUGUUAACUGUAAAACUUUGUAUGGCGGCUUCACCAUGGAUAGUAUCGCGUGGUGCGGUUUCGGUUUGAAAGUCGACUCCUUGAGCAGCGAACACAACGAGUUCGUAGAGCACGCUCGUCUGGCAUUCUCCUUCAGACGUUCAGCACUUCUGCUUUUUAUCACUUUUGUUCCAUUUCUGAAUCCGAUCUUGGAGUACUUUGACGUGGCCCUCAUGCCCGCUGAGGUGGCAACGUUCUUCACCCACGUUACAGAUGAAGCUCGCAGGCUCCGUAAUAAAGAGCGCCACCAGGGGGCGGACCAGAAUGGUCAUAAUAAGAACAUUGACACGCUGCAGCUCCUCCUGAACGCGCACAACGAAACGGCAGAAGACGAAGAAAACGAGGCCGGACCCCAACUGAACACAUCCAAGGUUGUCAAAAGACCGCUGACAAAAGACGAGGUCACAGCGCAGGGGAUAACUUUCUUCCUUGCUGGUUACGAGACUACGAAUACUCUCCUUGGCUUCGCGUCCUACCUUCUCGCCUUGAACCAGGACUGUCAGGAGAAACUGUACUCGGAGAUCUUAGACGUGGCCCCAAGCCGCGAGCUCGUCAGCUAUGACACUGUCGGCAAGAUGAACUACCUAGACAUGGUGAUCAGUGAAUCACUGCGCUACUACCCGCCAGUCGCCGGAUUCUUCCGAACUUGCAACAAGACAUUUACCUAUGACGGUACCACGAUCGAAAAGGGUCGCAGUGUGCUGAUCCAUGUGUAUGCCAUGCAUCAUGACGAGAAAUACUGGCCCAAUCCAGAGAAAUUUGACCCAGAGAGAUUCAGCCCGGAGAGGAAAUCAACCAUCCACCCCAUGGCCUACCUGCCGUUCGGUUUCGGGCCACGAAGCUGCAUUGGGAUGCGCUUUGCCUUACUGGAAGCCAAGAUGGCACUGGUACGCGUUCUGCAGCAGUAUCGUUUGGAUGUCGGCCCAGAAACACAGAUCCCCAUGAAACUUCACGGAGGAAUAUUCACAGCACCAAGGGAGGGCAUCCAGCUCCGCCCGGUCCCAAGGCAAUAGUGAGUGUUUGUACAGACACGCAAAGGCUCUACUCAACCUGUUCCUUACUUCCUUGUGUCUCAACAUGGCUCAACAUGACCCUGGGAGGGUUACUGGCGACCCAUACUUAACUACCACGAGAAAGAGCAUCCCGGAUUCCAAUAAUAGGCCAACUUGACGAUAUCGAUUUUCAAAUAAAAAGGAAGAAAUGGAUUCCUCCCUCAAUGUUCGAAGUUUCAACGGGUUUAGAUCCUUCUGACAAAUAACUCCCAUCUUUCUCCAGUAUUCUUUGUAAUCCUAAAAAGUAUACAAAUUGAGGUGAUUUGGUGUGGUAGGCGAAAUUAUUGCAACUUUAACAGAUCAUUUUAUAGAUCUGGAAACAUCGUAUAAUUGUCUGGACGUAGGAAAUCAAAAAUUACAUUAGUCUUGUAUUCUAUAGACACCUUAUCCAAAAGUAUUGCUUUGCAGUAUGCGUAACAUUAUAUCUGUCAGUAUCUGACAUGUCUGUGCAUUAUCGUUGUCAUGAUUUCUUUUUUUUUGGGGGGGGGGGUU